AUGAACGUACGUUUUUUCAAGUCACUUUCUCUUUUCAUAUUUUUUGUGAAAGGUGUAAUAUUAGUUGUACAAGUAGGGAAAGCAAAUUAUGCAAACAUUCAUAAGAAAAAUAAUAUAAAUAUUUUUAAUUGUUUGAAAAGAAAAUAUGAUAAGAAAUUGUCUUCUUCUGUAGUGAAUAAUCAUGAUAAGUCAUUAUAUGAAUCAUCUUUUUUGAAAUGUUAUUAUCUUCUCGAUAAAUAUAAAAAAUUUAAUAGGAAAAAGAUAUAUGGAUAUAUAAAUAAUGUUUCUCCUUUUCCUUUGGGAGCAGAAAAUAAAAAAAAAAAAAAAUCUGAACAUAUGAAUAAACGAAAUAUAUAUCCAUGUUAUAAUUAUGAUGCUAAAGAUAUUGUAAUAUUAGAAGGAUUAGAAGCUGUAAGAAAAAGACCAGGUAUGUAUAUUGGGAACACAGAUGUGAAAGGAUUACAUCAAAUAUUAUUUGAAAUUAUUGAUAAUUCAGUAGAUGAAUAUAAUAAUUUUGAAUGUAAUACAAUUAAAGUUGUUAUUCAUAAAGAUGAUAGUGUAACUAUAGAAGAUAAUGGAAGAGGUAUUCCUUGUGAUGUUCAUGAGAAAACGAAAAAAUCUGCCUUAGAAACUGUUCUUACUGUUCUGCAUUCAGGAGCGAAAUUUUUUGAUGACGAAAUGGAUGAUGAAGUUGAUAAUAAUAUGAACAAUACAGGUAAUACGAAUACCUCCGAAAAAAACAAUAGUGAUAAUGUAUCUAAUAGUACUAAUAAGAGAACAAAAAAGAAUUCAAAGGAAAGUUCACAGAAAUAUAAAUAUUCAUCAGGUUUACAUGGAGUUGGUUUAUCUGUUGCUAAUGCUUUAAGUAGUUUUAUGAAAGUAAAAGUUUUUAGAAAUAAUAAAAUAUAUAGUAUAGAAUUAGAAAAAGGAAACGUUACAAAAGAAUUAACCAUUACUGAUUGCCCAGUUAAUAAGAGAGGAACACAAAUUCAUUAUAAACCUGAUAGUAGUAUUUUUAAAAGUAGUACAAAACAUAAUAGUGAUUUAAUAAAAAAUAGAAUUCAUCAAUUAGCUUAUUUAAAUGAAAAGCUAACCUUUUAUUUUUAUGACGAAAGAGCAGAAAAUAAAAAUAGUAUAUCUAUAUCAAAAGGAAAUAAAUCAAAUGAAAUAAUAAAAAAUAAGAAAAAAAAUACUUCAAUUGAUAAUGAAAAUGAGGAUAAUAAAAAUAAUACAUUAAAUGAUGAUGUAUCAAAUGAAAAUAUGUCUGAAAAUUUAGCAAAUGAAAAUAUACAAAUCACUGAUUAUAACAAUUUAGAUUUUUACAAUUAUGAAAUUAUAAAACACGAAUAUGGACUAAAUGAGUAUAUAGGAAAUAUAACAAAAAAUAAAACAAAUUUAUUCAAAGAUAAUGAUAAAAUUAUUAGUAUAUCUUGUUAUCAUAAAAACAUAUAUAUCGAUUUAAGAAUGAAAUGGUUAAGUAAUCAAUAUAAUGAAAACAUUAUUAGUUUUGUAAAUAAUGUCAAUACUACAGAUGGUGGUACACAUGUUGAUGCUUUAAAAUAUGCAGUUAGUAGGUGUGUUAAUUAUAAUAUAAAGAAAAAUGAAAUGGCAAAAAAUUUUGUUAAUAUUCCAGGUGAAUAUAUUAGAGAAGGGUUAACAGCUAUCUUAUCUGUGAAAAUGAACAAUCCUGAAUUUGAAGGACAAACCAAAACUAAACUAGGAUCGCAUCAUUUAAAAUCUAUAUUAGAAAGUGUUAUAUUUGAAAAAUUAUCAGAAAUUUUUGAUUUUGAACCUAAUCUAUUAAGUAGCAUAUAUUUUAAAGCAUUACAAGCCAAAUUAAGUGAUGAAGAAGCAAAAGCAGCUAGGGAUUUAAUAAGAUCAAAAAAUAAUCAAUAUUCUUCUACUAUUUUACCUGGUAAAUUAGUAGAUUGUAUUAGUGAUGAUAUAUCUAGAAAUGAAAUAUUUAUUGUAGAAGGAGAUAGUGCUGCUGGUAGUGCUAAACAAGCACGUAAUAGAGAAAUACAAGCUAUAUUACCUUUGAAAGGAAAAAUAUUAAAUGUUGAAAAAAUCAAGAACAAUAAAAGAAUUUUUGAAAAUUCAGAAUUAAAAUCAUUAAUUACAGCUAUCGGAUUAAAUGUAAAUUAUGAUAAUAAGAAUUUAAAAAAUAAUAAUAUUUUAGGUAGCAAUAAAAAAGGAAAAAAUUUUAAAAAAAAAUCUGAUUUAAAAAAUUCUAAAUUGGAAUCUACGCAAAAUAAUAAUAAUACAUUGAAUAAAAAGAAAGAUAUUUUUGCUGAUAAUACAUUACGAUAUGGAAAAAUAAUUAUUAUGACUGAUGCAGAUGUAGAUGGCGAACAUAUACGUAUUUUACUUUUAACAUUUUUAUAUAGAUUUCAAAAGGAAAUUAUUGAAAAUGGAAAUGUGUAUGUAGCGUGUCCACCGCUGUAUAAAAUAACAUAUAAUAAAUUUUAUGAUAACUCAAUAAAAGAUAUUGUUACAAAACAAUUUAAUGUCACUACAAAACAAUCAAAGUUUAUUAUACAUACCUAUUCAGAUCAAGAAUUAAAUAACUUAUUGAAAUUAUUAGAUAAAGACAAGCUUUCCUCUGGACAAAAAAAUGUGCAAAAUAAAAUUAAAAAUAAAAAUAUGUCGUCAAGUGAUGAAUCUUUGAGUGAAAAUAAUGAACAAAAUCAAAUUAACGACAUUUUUGUGAAUGAAGAAAGUUCGACAGAUUCAUUUAUAGAUGAUAGUGUAUUAUUUAACGUUUCCAAAAAAUAUGAAAUACAAAGAUUUAAAGGGUUAGGAGAAAUGAUGGCAGAUCAAUUGUGGAAUACUACCAUGGAUCCUACUGUAAGAAAACUUAUACGUGUUACUGUAGAUGAUGCAAUAAGGGCUAACGAUUUAAUUUUUUCACUUAUGGGGGAGGAUUCGAAAUUGCGUAAGAAUUUUAUUCUUGAAAAUACAAAUUCGUUAUCCGAGUGA